CGGUCCUCCGCCACACUGAGCUCCUCACACACCCGACGGCCACCGUCCCUCCUCAUGGCCACGCCGUGACUCCUCCCACAUCGCCGCCCGUCGGCCCUUCUGAGCUCUGGGCGUGUGCCCCGCCCCUUCCUGUGGGCAUCGACCACGUGCAGCUCUUUUUAAAGCCGGGUGUCGCGGCGGGACCUGCUCUUCUCUCGCCGUGGGGUCAGGAAGCCCCCACUCUGUUCCCCACUCUCCUCAGCUCGCGUCAGGGACGACGUUCAACCUCUCCAGCUGAUUCGUUUCACCUCCGACCUCGCAGACACAGUUCAGGAGGCAGCGUGCGGCGAAAACCAUGAAGUGGGGCUGGGUGUUUCUGGGGGUCCUCCUGUCGUUGGGGACCCUGUCCUGGGGGGACAAAGGCUUGGAGAUCCCCGAGUACGACGGCAAAGACCGCGUCCACGCCCUCAGCGCCAAGAACUACAAGUCCGUCAUGAAGCGCUACGACGUGAUGGUGAUCUACUACCACAGGAACGUGGACGGGAGCCGCAGCGCCACCAAGCAGUUCCAGAUCGAGGAGCUGGCUCUGGAGUCGAUCACAAGUCAAGCAGCGAAUAUCUUUCAGCUCGCAGCUCAAGUCCUGGAUGAUCUGGACGAUGAGGACAUCGGCUUCGGUCUGGUGGAUGAAAAGAAAGACUCUUCUGUGGCCAAGAAGUUGGGUCUGGACGAGGUGGAGAGCAUCUACAUCUUCGCCGACAACGAGAUCAUCGAGUACGACGGAGAGCUGGCCUCUGACACGCUGGUGGAGUUCCUCUAUGACGUGAUCGAAGAGCCGGUGGAGAUCAUCGACAACGAGCGAGAGCUGAAGGGCUUCCACAACAUCGACGAGGUCAUCAAGCUGGUCGGAUACUUCAAGAGCGAGAAAUCUCCUCACUUCAUCGAGUUCGAUGACGCUGCUGAGGAGUUUCACCCCUUCGUCAAAUUCUUUGCCACGUUUGACCCCAAGAUCGCCAAGAAGCUGAAGCUGAAGAUGAACGAAGUGGAUUUCUACGAGCCGUUCAUGGAGGAACCCGACACCAUUCCAGGGAAACCGUACAUCGAGUCGGAGCUGGUGGAAUACAUCGAACAGCACGACAGGCCGACUCUGAGGAAGCUGGAGCCUCACAGCAUGUAUGAGAUCUGGGAGGACGACAUCAAUGGAGAGCACAUUGUUGCCUUCGCUGAGGAAGAUGACCCUGACGGUUAUGAAUUCCUGGAAAUCUUGAAGGAGGUGGCACGUGAGAACACCAACAACCCGAACCUCAGCAUCAUCUGGAUCGACCCCGACAAUUUCCCUCUGCUGGUGCCAUACUGGGAGAGGACUUUCCACAUCGACCUCUCCGAGCCUCAGAUCGGAGUCGUGGAUGUUGAGGAUGCCGACAGCGUGUGGAUGGAGAUGGACGACCAGGAUGACAUGCCCACGGCUGACGAGCUGGAGCGCUGGGUCGAGGAUGUUCUGUCUGGGAAGAUUGACCCAGACGAUGAUGAUGAUGACGAUGAAGAUGAUGAUGACGACGACGACGAUGAAGAUGAUGAUGACGACGACGACGACGACGAAGAUGACAACGACGACGACGAUGAAGAUGACGAUGAAGAUGACGACGACGAUGAUGACGACGAUGACGAAGAUGAAUAAAUGUUUCCUACAGUCUCCCUCCAUGAUGAUUGAGUAACGUGGCUAUGAAACCAGAAGUAGACGCAGUUUUUUGUCUGUUUGCCUCCUGUUCGGAUUCCUGUGGGAAACGUUCACUGUCAAUUAGCGAAGGAGGUUUUCACAGAAGCGGAGGAUUUUAAUCUCUGUGGACGAAACAGUGACUGGGAGCAGAGAUGCUAACGCAGGCCAAAACAUGCUAACACAUGCUAACACAUGCUAACUUCACUCAGACUUUUUCUACCUAAUGCCAAAGCUUCUCUCCACUUAACUGUAAUCUUAGUUUACUUUAAUCCUAGUUUACUCUAAUCCUGUUUCAAUGACACGUUUUCUACUUGAUGAGGAGAAGAAACAAAUUCUUUCUUGUACUAUUUUAAAAAGGAAUGAACUCACUGGACAGUCUUAACUACUGAGACCAGAUCGUAGAAUAAUACAAUAUCGUUUGUUUCUGCUCUCAUAUUAAAAACCACAUUUACAAACAAA